AUGGUAGAAGCAAUUACCCAAUAUCUUCCUCAAGUGCAGCUUUUUAUUUGCUGCCGCAAGCUGAAAGACGUCGAACUAUUAUCAAAAUCUGAUCCCUUUGUAGAAGUCUUCGAAAAAAACACUUGUGAAGGCCAAUGAACUAAAAUUGGUCAGACUGAGGUGAUUUGGAAUAAUCUCAAUCCAGAUUUCAUCACCAAUUUCCCUCUUGUGUUCCGUUUUGAAGAGCAAAAGUACCUGAAAUUUAAAGUUUAUGACGCAAACGAUGAUGAAGCCACAAUCAGGAACUCAGAAUUUAUUGGUGAGACAGAAUGCACGUUGGGCGAAAUUGUUGCAGCCCCUGGUCAGCAGUUGAUCAAAACUUUAAAAGCUAACAGCAAAGGCCCGAGUUGUGGAAAUAUUAUCUUAAGAACCGAAGAAAUCAGCCAAGUUAAAGACAAAGUUGUCUUUCAUAUUGAAGCAAAAGACCUGGAAGACGUUUCUGGCAUGUUUUCAAGCUUUAAUCCGUUUUUCUAUAUCUCAAGGUCAAUGGAAAACGGAGGAAACCAAAGAGUCUACAAGUCUAAUUACCAAAGAGGAAAAAGUCCGAAAUGGGAAAAAUUUGAAAAAAGUGUGCAAGAACUCUGCAAUGGAGAUUAUGAACGGCCACUCCUUAUUGAGGUAUAUGAUUACCACUCUAGCGGCAACCAUAAACUGGUUGGGACUGCUGAAUUUAACUUGAAAGAAAUUUUUGAAGGGGGACUUAAGACAGUUGACUUGGAAAAUACUCAAAAGUAUGGAAAAAAGAAGAAGUCUUGUGGGAAAAUUACCUUCAAAACUGUUGAUAUGGUGAAGGUCUAUGACUUUUUAGAAUAUAUUGCAGGCGGCUGCCAGAUUUCGCUGCUGAUUGCUGUUGAUUUUACAGCAUCCAAUGGAAAUCCUCAGGUACCGAAUUCGCUACAUUUUUUGAACCCAAAUGGGUAUAAUCAAUACGAAGCUGCUUUAUACUCAGUAGCUGAAAUUUUGAUGAAUUAUGAUAGCGAUAAGAUGGUCCCGAUGUAUGGGUUUGGAGGGAAAAUCAAUGGGGCGGUAAGCCAUUGCUUCCAUAUGAACUUUUCCCCAGAUAACCCUUCAGUUCCUGGAUUACAAGGAAUAAUGGGGUCUUAUAGAAAUUCCUUGCUUUAUACAGAACUAGCUGGUCCUACGCUGUUUUCACAAAUUUUACAAAGAGCUGUAAUAGAAGCUGAGCAAGCGAAUGUAAGCCAAACAAAUCAGCAGUAUUUUGUUCUGUUAAUAUUAACAGAUGGAGAUAUUCAUGAUAUGAGAGAAACUGUUGAUUGGAUUGUCAGAGGAUCUUCAGCGCCCCUUUCAAUUGUUAUUGUAGGAAUAGGAAAUGAUAGUUUUACAAAAAUGGUCACAUUGGAUGCUGAUGAAGUGCCGCUUAUUGAUAGCAAAGGGAGAAGAAUGGAAAGAGACAUUGUCCAGUUCGUUCCUUUCAGAGAUGUCGGAAACUCUCCAAGCGCUUUGGCAAGAGAAGUUUUAGCAGAAAUCCCAAGAGAAAUUGUGAAUUUCUUUUACAAUAAGAGAAAUAUAUUGCCAAAUUCUCGUCAGCAAGCUCAGGAAUAUGAUUUUAAUCGCUCUUACUCAAUUGCAGAAUCAAAGCCAGUGUUUAAUUCUCCGGCUGGCCCACAGAAUGGAUCACAAAGUGCGAGAUCAACAAAUGUUACUGGAUCUUUUAGCGGCAGAACCAAAUAUAGCGCUUUCCCGAGGAUGGCGCGGAAUGGCGCCAUCCUCGGGAAAGCCAGGAAGGCAUCCACACGGGAACUGGGAGUUCCACGUGUGGAUGCCAUUUUGACAUGUGGAAGUUUGGAUCCCACAUGUCAAAAAUGGCAUCCACACGUGGAACUCCCAGUUCCCGUGUGGAUGCUUAGUUGACUUUCCCGAGGAUGGCGCCAUUCCGCGCCAUCCUCGGGAAAGCGCUAUAUCUCAAGCACCUAAUCAGCCACCUGUUAGCGGUCAGAUGUAUCCAGGCUCAUUCCAACCUCAAAUGAUGUCUAGUCAGCAGCCUUAUCCAAUGUACAGCAAAACUUCUACAAUGCCAGCUUAUAUGCCAAAUAAUCCUCAAUUCCAUCCGACUCCAUAUCCUCCUCAAUCAUACAGCGGAGCUCCCAACAUGGUAAGCCAGAAUUCUUACAAUGGGGCUCCAAAUAUGCAACCUCAGCAGUCAUAUACCGGCAUCCCUAAUAUGUCUCCACAGCAAAAUCCUUAUCCCUAUGCUUCCCCUUCAGCUCCACCUGAAUAA